AUGUUCCAUUUCGGUACGGUACGGAUAAUUAUACUGGCAGCAUUACUAUUUUUAGUGGAAUUUAAUUUACAAGAAACAUGUAUACUCUAUUUAUGGGAAUAUACAUUAGUAUACUUAGGUGUACUAGGAUUAUCAUUAUUACUAGAGUUAGUAAUCAGUAUUGUUGCCUUACGUGGAAGUAUAUUGGAUACGGGUGCAAGAUCAUCAAUGCAAUAUUUACUUUAUGUAAGAUUGGUAAUUAUGGCUGUAGAAUUAAUAUGGCUUGUUGUGGGCGUCUUAUGGAUUGUUCAUUAUUACAAAGAUUGUCCGAUUGAACGAGCAAAAGAAACACUUUUAGGAUUGGUAAUUUGUAACUGGUGUAUAUUAUUAAGUGUCCUAAUCACUGUUUGGUGUACAUAUGAUGCGGCUGGCCGCUCAUGGGUUAAAAUGAAACAGUAUCAACGUUCAAUGCGUGAAUCUGAAUCACGUUUUCAGUAUAAACGCAGUGGCAGUACUCACCGUAAUUGGAGACAAAGAAAAGUUAUACGAGCCUAUCAAGAUAGUUGGGAUCAACGAUGUCGCUUAUUAUUUUGUUGUAUGCGACCAUCAGAUCGUAACCGUAAUAGUUUUGCAGAUAUUGCAAAACUUUUAAGUGAUUUUUUUAGAGACUUAGACGUAGUUCCUAGUGAUGUUGUAGCUGGUUUAGUAUUAUUAAGAAAAUUUCAAAAAAUUGAACGUGAAGCGAUUGUUAAAGAGAAAAAAAAUGAUACUUAUGAGUUCCUAUCUGGUGUUGCCAUAACACCACGUACACAAUUUUUACGAUUAAAUGAUCCCCAAGAUCUGGAUCUAUUUCAAAAUGUUAUACAUUAUAUGCAUUAUGCCCUUGGUGCCUACGGUUGGCCAGUAUUUCUUAUGACAUAUUCAUCCACUGGUCUAUGUCAACUUUGCAUGAAAAUACAGUGUUCCUGUUUCCCAUGUUUUGCACGUCCCAAAUCAAAUACAACAAUUGUGGAAGAUAAUUGUUGUCAAUGUAAUUAUGCAGCGUUACAACGAAUGGUCGAAGGAGGUGAUGUUGAAGUCACAUAUGCAACAUUCCAUGUGGACGUUGGUGAAACACCAUUUUUUGUUGCCGUCGAUUAUGAUAAGAAAAAAAUUGUAAUCAGCAUUCGUGGUACUUCUAGUAUGAAGGAUAUAUUAACAGAUUUAAAUGCUGAAGGUGAAGUUUUACCAAUUAAUCCACCUCGUGAAGAUUGGUUGGGUCAUAAAGGAAUGGUACAAGCUGCCGAAUAUAUUCGUGAUAAAUUAAUUGGUGAAGAAAUCUUACAACAAGCUCGACAACGUGAUCCAGCCCGUGGCACAUUAGAAUUUGGUUUAAUAUUAGUUGGGCAUUCCUUAGGAGCUGGCACUGCUAGUAUACUUGCCAUAUUGUUACGCCAAGCGUAUCCAGAUUUGCAAUGUUUCAGUUUUUCACCUCCUGGUGGACUAUUAAGUAUGCCAGCUGUACAAUAUAGUAAAGAAUUUACUAUAUCAGUUGUAGUUGGAAAAGAUGUUGUACCACGUAUUGGCCUUCAUCAAAUGGAGAGUCUACGAGCUGAUCUCAUUAAUGCUAUCCAACGUAGUGUUGAUCCAAAGUGGAAGACAAUAAUGUGUAGCGUCGUUUGUUGUGGUUGUGCUCCAAUGCCAACCAGUGCUGUUACGCUUAAAACUGGUGGUGAACGGAUUGAUGCAUAUCAACUUGCCAAAGAUGCUGCCCGUACAAGAGGAAUACAUCCAUCGGAUUCAUCGAUUGCAUUAACUUUACAUCGACCAUUAUAUCCUCCGGGGAGAAUUAUUCAUAUUGUGCGGCAUCAUCCCAGUAGUUCAGAAGCUAAAUACGAGAGCCGUUGGAGGCAAGCUUUAUCGAAAAAAGAACCCGUUUAUCAAGCAGUAUGGGCUGAAAAUACCGAUUAUGACGAAGUAUUAAUAUCACCAGUAAUGAUCCAAGAUCAUAUGCCAGAUACGGUAUUGGAAGCAUUAAAUAAGGUUAUAACUACAUUUGGACCAAGAAAACCGCAGCGACAAACAUCAAAUUCGAUAACAUCCAAUGAACCAAUGGAUCAAGAACAAUGUCAUCUAUUAUAUGGGACAUCACCAAUGCCGCCACAUCGGCUAUGCCUUGAAACAAGUUUUACCAGUCUGCAAAGUCCAACAGUUGAAGUGUACCAAAAUUCUAGUGUGAAUUCAUCACAAAGUGGAAGUUAUUACCCAUCAAAAAUUUCACCUAUCCAACUUAGCUCGAUUUUGUAUCCUGAUAUGCAAAGUCGAUCACCAAGUUGGAACAAUCACCCUCCAGGGGGAUGUUCUAGCUUGGUUACAUCACCACAAAGUUGGCAAGUUCCUAUUGGUGCAACGGAUUUACAUGUUCAUGAUGGGCUCGCACGAAAAAACUCUGCACCAGGCAGUACGGCACCAAUCUUCAAUAAUCAUCGAAAUAACAUCAAAUGCGACAAAGCUUACAAGUUUAAAAGUUAUCACAGCACACCGUACAUGAAUACAAACCCAGAAAAGUUGAAAUUACGUGCAAAAGUUUCAAGUUUAGAUAAUGGUGGUCGAAUUGAUUUAAUACACGAUGAUUGGUUUGGUCUCGCACCGCUCGCAAGCCCAGAAAGUUUAAGUGAAGUGUCAAGUAUAAGUUCACGUGCAAGUUUUGGUGUAAUGUUCGGUGAUAAAACAAAUUUAACAGAAGUGAUAAGUACUAGUUACGAGCUACGAACUCCAACAGUGAUGCGGCGUACCCCAAAAAUCGCCGGAAAUUUAUCAACGUGUGCAGAUGAUAUAAAAAGUGUACGGUAUUUUCAAAAAUUAGGUAGAACUUCAAUGGUAUUACGAUGUCCUUCACAAAACGGAAGUUCGAGGACAGAUUCUUCAGGUGAUUUAAGUUAUGAAUCAGCGUCGAGUGCGAUUAAGGGUUGUUCCAAUAAAAACGAUUGUAUCACGAAAUCCUCGUUUUUACAAAAUAAAAUGAAUGAUUUAGGUUUUAUAAAUACAAGUACAGAAACGGAUAGUUUCGCUUCGGCAGAAAAUAUUUUAGAUGAACCAAUUAAUUUUAAACAUUGUAUUAACUCCGAUCAUAAACUAUGUAACAGUGGUUGUCCAAAUUGUCCAUGUAAAUAUGAAUCUGAUAUAAAUUUGCAUACUCCUACGGGAAGUGCAAUUGUAAAUAAAAUUUCCAAAAAAUCAUGUUGCCAAAAUUAUGAUCAUACUGAUUGUGUAUUCGAUGCGAAUGAAAAAAGCUUCUCCACGUCAAGUGAAAUACCAAUUAGUACAAAAUCAAGUCCAGAAAGUGUCAAAAAAUCCACAAAACCGACAUCCACUGUAUAUAUGGAAACACAUUUUGAUCAAAAUUUUUUCACAGAUAUAACUCCAAAACCAGAUCAUCUAAAUUUACCCUUAAAAAAUCAAUUAAAUCCAUAUAGUGUAUCCCCCACAAUUGAAAAGCUGCAAGUACCUGUUCAUUUACAUAAGCCUCAAAUAUCUAGCACCGUUUAUAGUCCAGAUAAUAUUAUCUCAUCACGCUUACCGGAUCGGGCUUCACCUUUUUCUCCACAGAUAAUGUCCCCAACAUCUCCACAAAUUGAUCAAGAUACAAUAUCAAAUUUUGCAAUUGAUUUAACACUUGAUCCCGAGAAUCGUUCAAUGAUGCAGUUUAAUUUAGUUAAGCAGCCAGAAGUUGUAAAAAAUAGCCCAUCAGUUGACUCGGGUUCAAUUUGUAAAACUCCAUGUGAAACAAAAACAGUUAGUUUUAAUCCACAAAUUGUAAACUUAGAUCCAAGUAUGAUACAAACGGAUUCACGUUCAUUUUUCGAUUUAAAGCGUAGUCCAAAGAAAAGCGAAACAUCGAAUCAUGUAAAAACUGCAGCAGCAAAACGACAAAAACCUAUUGAUGAACAAUGCUUUUCUAAGAAUGAAUCUCUACCAUUAUUAAGUGGUUUAAGUAGUACAGCAGAAAAAACUUCGCCAAGUUAUGUACGAAGAAAAAAAUAUAUUUAUCCAAUAACAAAAAUAGGUCGAGGCGAAAGUAGCGUAUAA